AUGGCUCUAGACGGUGUAAUUACUUCACCUCACAGGAGGACUCAAACUGCAUUUUCUUCAAAUUCAUCCAGAAAAAACUACACAAGUGGAAACGAAUUGGGCAGCUUCUCAACAGUGGUCAGGCGACACCGGUUCCUAUUAACUGCCCUUGCACUCCUUGCUUUCCUAUGCACCAUUUAUCUAUACUUUGCCAUUACUUUAGGGGCUGCUGAUGUCUGUAUGGGUUUGACUGGAUCACAAAAGGCAUUGUGUCAGGUUCAACUUGCAAAAGACUCCAUAGCUAAAGGAAAACUCAAGUUUAUGUAG